UGUUUUGCAGCUGGGACUGUGCUCUUGAUGACAUGGCAGUCAAGAUGGCUCUGAACGGACAGCUCUCCCUUCAGGGACUCUGUUUUCUCCACCUCAGCAUCAUGGUCGGGGGUCAAGCUCUGAAGCUGAGGCUGAUGGAUGGAGGCCACCGCUGCAAGGGGAGAGUGGAAGUGGAGUACCAAGGAAUAUGGGGCACCGUGAGCCAGUACCUCUGGGACUUGCAGGAUGCAGCUGUGGUGUGCAGACAGCUGGGAUGUGGAGAUGCUUUUCAGGCUCCCAUAGCAUCGUAUUUUGGACCAGGGGUUGGCCCCAUUUGGCUUUUCAAUGUUUCCUGCGAAGGGACAGAGUCAGCUCUCCAUGACUGUUCUCAAAAUCCUAUUAAAGACUACACUAGUGAUGGCUGGUCCCAUAAUUGGGACGCUGGAGCAGUCUGCUCAGGAUUUGUGCAUCUGGUUGGAGGGCAUGGACCCUGCUCAGGGCAAGUAGAAGUGCAUUCUGGAAAAGAGUGGACUCCAGUGUCUGAUGGGAACUUUACAUUCCUCGCAGCCCAGGUCAUCUGUGCAGAGCUGGGCUGUGGCAAGGCUGUGUCUCUCAUAGAACACGUGCCCUUCAGAGGGUCAGAUGGUCAGAUCUGGGAGGAAGAGUUUGGGUGUACCGGGGAGGAGCCUGAGCUCUGGUCCUGCCCCAGGGUGCCCUGUCCAGGAGGAACCUGCCGCCACAGUGGAGCUGUUCAAGUUGUCUGUUCAGCAUACACAGAAGUGCGGCUCAUGAAAAAUGGCACGUCUCCGUGUGAGGGACAAGUGCAGAUGCAUAUUUCUGGAGGAUGGAAAGCACUCUGUGCCUCCCACUGGACGAUGGCCAACGCCCAUAUUGUCUGUCGUCAGCUCGGCUGUGGAGUCGCCAUCUCCAACCCCAGAGGACCAUACUUCGUUGAAGGAAGCGAUCCUAUCUGGAAAGCCCGAUUUCACUGCUCGGGGGCUGAGUCCUUCUUGUGGAAUUGCCCUGUGACUGCCCUGGGUGUUCCUGACUGUGUCCAUGGAAACACAGCCUCUGUGAUCUGCUCAGGAAACCAGACCCAGGUGCUGCCCCAGUGCAACGACUCCGUGUCUGAACCAGGAGGCUCUGCAGCCUCAGAGGGGAGCCCGGCCAACUGCUCAGACAGCAGGCGGCUCCGCCUGGCGGACGGGGGCGGCCGCUGCGCAGGCAGAGUGGAGAUCCUCCACCAGGGCUCCUGGGGCACCAUCUGUGAUGACGGCUGGGACCUGACCGAUGCCCACGUGGUGUGCAGACAGCUGGGCUGCGGACAGGCCGUGGACGCCUCGCCCUUGGCUCGCUUCGGGGCGGGAUCCGGGCCCAUCUGGCUGGACGAGCUGAACUGCACGGGGAAGGAGCCGCACGUGUGGAGGUGCCCUUCGCGGGGCUGGGGGCGGCACGACUGCAGGCACAAGGAGGACGCGGGGGUCGUCUGCUCAGAGUUCCUGGCCCUGAGGAUGGUGAGCGAGGACCAGGAGUGUGCCGGGUGGCUGGAAGUCUUCUACAACGGGACCUGGGGCAGUGUCUGCCGCAGCCCCAUGGAUGACUUCACCUUGUCCAUCGUCUGCAGCCAGCUUGGCUGUGGGGACAGGGGACAAUUGGACACUUCUGUUGCCUUAAGGGAAGGUUCUAGACCCCGGUGGGUAGAUUUAAUCCAGUGUCGGAGAACUGAUACCUCUCUCUGGGAGUGUCCUUCUGACCCUUGGAAAUACAAUUCCUGUUCUCCAAAGGAGGAAGCUUACGUCUCCUGUGCAGGAAGUAGACCCAAGAGCUGUCCAACUGCUGCCCCCUGCACAGACAAAGAGAAGCUCCGACUCCGGGGAGGAGGCACCCAGUGCUCAGGGCGCGUGGAGGUUUGGCACAGCGGCUCCUGGGGCACAGUGUGUGAUGACUCCUGGAGCCUGGCAGAGGCCGAGGUGGUGUGUCAGCAGCUGGGCUGUGGCCACGCCCUGGAAGCCCUGGGAAGUGCAGCGUUUGGCCCUGGGAACGGGAGCAUCUGGCUGGAUGAGGUGCAGUGCAGGGGCAGCGAGCCCUCCCUGUGGGCCUGUGCUGCGGAGCCCUGGGGGCAGAACGACUGCAAGCACGAGGAGGACGCAGGGGUGAGGUGCUCUGGAUUUGUGCAUCUGGUUGGAGGGCACGGACCCUGCUCAGGGCAAGUAGAAGUGCGUUCUGAAGAAGACUGGACUCCAGUGUCUGACGGGAACUUUACCUUCCUCACAGCCCAGGUCAUCUGUGCAGAUCUGGGCUGUGGCAAGGCUGUGUCUGUCCUGGGACACAUGCCCUUCAGAAGGUCAGAUGGGCGAGUCUGGGAGGAACAGUUUGGGUGUACCGGGGAGGAGUCUGAGCUCUGGUCCUGCCCCAGGGUGCCCUGUCCAGGAGGAACCUGCCACCACAGUGGAGCUGUUCAAGUUGUCUGUUCAGCAUACACAGAAGUGCGGCUCAUGAAAAAUGACACGUCUCAGUGUGAGGGACAAGUGCAGAUGAAUAUUUCUGGAGGAUGGAGAGCGCUCUGUGCCUCCCACUGGACCAUGGCCAACGCCCAUGUUAUCUGUCGUCAGCUCGGCUGUGGAGUCGCCACCUCCACCCCCAGAGGACCAUACUUCGUUGAAGGAAGUGAUCCGAUCUGGAAAGCCCAAUUUCACUGCUCGGGGGCUGAGUCCUUCUUGUGGAAUUGCCCGCUGACUGCCCUGGGUGAUCCUGACUGUGCCCACGGAAACACAGCCUCUGUGAUCUGCUCAGGAAACCAGACCCAGGUGCUGCCCCAGUGCCACGACUCCGUGUCUGAACCAGGAGGCUCUGCAGCCUCAGAGGGGAGCCCGGCCAACUGCUCAGACAGCAGGCGGCUCCGCCUGGCGGACGGGGGCGGCCGCUGCGCAGGCAGAGUGGAGAUCCUCCACCAGGGCUCCUGGGGCACCAUCUGUGAUGACGGCUGGGACCUGACCGAUGCCCACGUGGUGUGCAGACAGCUGGGCUGCGGACAGGCCGUGGACGCCUCGCCCUUGGCUCGCUUCGGGGCGGGAUCCGGGCCCAUCUGGCUGGACGAGCUGAACUGCACGGGGAAGGAGCCGCACGUGUGGAGGUGCCCUUCGCGGGGCUGGGGGCGGCACGACUGCAGGCACAAGGAGGACGCGGGGGUCGUCUGCUCAGAGUUCCUGGCCCUGAGGAUGGUGAGCGAGGACCAGGAGUGUGCCGGGUGGCUGGAAGUCUUCUACAACGGGACCUGGGGCAGUGUCUGCCGCAGCCGCAUGGACGAGAUCACCUUGUCCAUCGUCUGCAGCCAGCUUGGCUGUGGGGACAGGGGACAAUUGGACACUUCUGUUGCCUUAAGGGAAGGUUCUAGACCCCGGUGGGUAGAUUUAAUCCAAUGUCGGAGAACUGAUACCUCUCUCUGGGAGUGUCCUUCUGACCCUUGGAAAUACGAUUCCUGUUCUCCAAAGGAGGAAGCUUACAUCUCCUGUGCAGGAAGGAGAAACCAGAGCUGUCCAACUGCGGCCCCCUGCACAGACAAAGAGAAGCUCCGACUCCGGGGAGGAGGCACCCAGUGCUCAGGGCGCGUGGAGGUUUGGCACAGCGGCUCCUGGGGCACAGUGUGUGAUGACUCCUGGAGCCUGGCAGAGGCCGAGGUGGUGUGUCAGCAGCUGGGCUGUGGCCACGCCCUGGAAGCCCUGGGAAGUACAGCGUUUGGCCCUGGGAACGGGAGCAUCUGGCUGGAUGAGGUGCAGUGCAGGGGCAGCGAGCCCUCCCUGUGGGCCUGUGCUGCGGAGCCCUGGGGGCAGAACGACUGCAAGCACGAGGAGGACGCAGGGGUGAGGUGCUCUGGUGAGAGGACAACUUUGCCCCCCGCUACAGCAGGGACCAGGCCACGCUCCAAUCUGAUCCCUGGCAUCUUCUCCCUGCCUGGGAUCCUCUGCCUCAUCCUGGGAACCCUCCUCUUCCUGGUCCUCGUCAUCCUGGUGACUCAGCUGCUCAGAUGGAGAGCGGAGCGCAGAGCCUUAUCCACAGUCAAAGGCGCUGUCCAUGAGGCUGUGUACGAGGAGAUUGAUCAGCUUGUAACACCGAAGGAGGAUCUGCUGCGCAGCUCAGAUGACUCAAUGUCUCAACUUCCCUAUUACGCUGGGGAUGCUGAGGAGGACAGUGACCAUAAAUCCACUCCAGAGCCCCUAGAUCAGAGGACUGAGGCCCCUAGUGAGGGUUACGAUGAUGCUGAAGAGGUACCACUGCCUGAGGCUCCCCCUGCCUCUCGGAUGAGCAAGGGGGAGGUCCCCCCAGAGGAGGAGACUGGGAUGAGGCCCUCGCAGACAGACUCUUCUCUCAACUUUCCUAGAGAGGCAGCUGAUCCUGGGAAAGGAGAAGAGAGCCCCUGGCUGGAUCAGUGGGAAAAGGGGGACCCUGGGUAUGAUGACGUUGAACUGAGUGUCCCUGGAACACCCAGCGUGGCUUUCCCAUGAUGCUGUGUUAAUAUGAGAGGAGGGCUCCGACAUUCUAACUGCCUGUAUUUCAGUAGAGCAGUGUUGACCUAUCAUUGCAUUAUAAGGAAACUGCUCAGAGUAUGUAUUCUGAAUAAAAUACUUUUCACCUCUGUUGAUAA